GUUGCGCAGGUCACAUCGGUUUCCACAGUUUCAUUGAAACAAACAUGGCGAUUCUCAGUGACUCUUUUACGAAUAUUCACACAACUUCAGCUCUAUCCACAAUUCUCCUCGGGACUAUGAUUAUUUCGGAGCGAAUUGGAGGCAUCGCAGGAAAUACUGGCACACCACUGUCUCCACGUUACAUAAAUAACGUUAAUCGAUAUGGAAGUCCUAAUGAUGAUAAUGAUCCUGGGAAUUUGGAAGGGGUCUACCUAAUCACCGAGCAAAGGUGGCACGGUGAUACUGUGCUGCCAGUAUCCCUGCUCCCGGUUACCGAGGGGAUGUCCGCUCGGUCGCAUCACAGAAUCCGGCAGUCCGCUACGGGACUGGAUGAUGCUGGAAUGGAUCUUCAAGCAGCACAGCUUAAUACACGCGCGAGUCAGGAGGUCAGCUCGACGACAGCAGUAUCAUGGAUAUACUGGGACAUACCAUUUCCAGUGAUUGUCUGUGCUUUUGCUGGUGCUAUUCUCUUCACUUUCCUGCAGUUCCUGUUAUGGCUCCGGAAGCAAAUGUCGAGUGAAAAGAAGACAGGAGAUGGAGACAGACGAGGCCUGGUGGAGGAAGGAGCGCAAGUUACUCAGGCGCUCGAUAAGCCAGGAAAGAGUACGCAGGAGAAGCCCAUGGAGGCACAAUGGGUACGACAGCCAAUUGUUAAGCCGCCUGUAUCCGUUCUGCCUAUCCGGACAGCACCAGAAACCAGCAGUGGCUUGCCACAGGUGAUGUCAGUGCCGGUUCGUGAGAGACGUCCCGAGCCGAUUCGUGUGAAAGCAAAAGGUCUCCUGGAGCGUCGAGGCUCGUCAGCAAGCCUGACGAUUGAAUUAACACCAGCACCAGACAGCCCACCGCGCCUGGUCCCCCCAACACGUGAGUGUACCUCCGACGAGAUUCUCCUGAGUACUGGGAACAUCCUCUCACGUGGUCAGUUGCGUAAAGCAAUAAAGGAUCCAUCAUCUCUGCACAAGGAGUUCUGGGAGGUGCCCCUGAACGUCCCUGAGAAGGUGGAUAUUUUCGGGGCUGGAGUGAAGAAUCGUUACUCAGGAGUUCUUCCAAAUCCUCAGUCACGAGUCGUUCUCCCAGGGCUAGAUGACCCAGUGGCGAGUUACAUAAAUGCCAAUUACAUUCGUGGUUACGACGGUGAGGAGAACCGUUAUAUCGCAACACAGGGCCCCCUUCCCAACACAGUAACAGACUUCUGGAAGAUGAUCUGGAUGGACAAUGUCCAGGCAAUAGUCAUGAUGACGAGGCUCUUCGAGGCCUCCAAGACAAAGUGCGACGUUUAUUUUCCCCUGGAGAUGAACAGUCGCGUGCAGAGUGGACCCUUCACCAUAAUCCUCAACUCCAUAAUCUCGAGAGGUGGAUUCACCAUUCGAGAUCUUGAGAUCAGACACGAGGGCGAGAGGAGGCAGGUGACACAUUACUGGUAUGACUCGUGGCCAGAUCAUGCUGUACCACAGGCCUCUGACUCACUCGUCAGUCUAGCGGCUGAGGUCAAUACAUUGCCAGGACCAAUCGUGGUGCACUGCAGUGCUGGCAUUGGGAGGACAGGCUGUUUCAUCGCUCUAGCUACAGGAAUCAUGCAAUUGAGUAGAGAUGGCAAUGUCGAUGUUUUGGGGAUUUUAUGUCAAAUGAGGUAUGACAGGGGGGGAAUGGUACAGACAGCUGAGCAGUACGAGUUUGUUCACAGAGCAUUAUGCCUCUUCGAGCAAACGCUAGAUGGAAAAACCCCCACAACGGGCGAUUGAAUGAGAAAAGACUCAAGAUUGAACUCUCCUAAAUGAUAAAUCGGCCUCGUCGAUAGCUAACGCAUGAACUGCAGGUACGAACUCCGUUUCUAGCUCCUUGAUGUUAUUAGAAUGACGAAGGAAUGAAAAAAAAAAUCUUAAAACAAAUGUCAGGAACUUUGGUAUGAGUGUUCGAGACAUCAAAUGUCUAGAGAUAAUGAAUAAAAUAACUUUCCGUUACUGCGACGACUGAUGAAUUCAUUGUCGUGACAAGCUGCCAUUCAACUAUACUGCCACCAAAUGUAUGAAUAAUGUAAAUAAUAUUACAGAGUAUAUAUUUAUCAUUGAUCGAUGGUGAAGUUGAUAAAGGCUCAAAUGAUUUUUUGGACUCGAGAUGUUUAACAAAGACACUAAUACAAUGUAAUGAACUUUUGAAUGAUCUAUUCAAAAUGAGAUCUGAUAUUUUACUUCACGAAUUGUAAUUUACACGGAAAAAAAUCGGAAAACUAACCAUCGAUCAUACAAAACUGAUAAUUCACAUUAUGGAUCAAUUGAAUUUUUUUUGGGACCCACUGAGCUAAACUAUCACUUCUGCACUAUGAAGAAAGAGACAUUAUGGUCUUGAGAAUUAAUCUUUUGGAAAUGUUGAGUGGAGUGAGGAGAAUUCCUGGUUCUAUUCAAUUGAAAAUCAAACUUUUCAAUAUUAAUAAUGUAACUUCAUCACUCGGACAUCUGAAAAGCGCAGAAAAUUUACAAUUCACUAAACUAUCUGUAAAUUAUCUUUAAUUAUUUUAUCGACAAAGACUGAAUGCGAUUAGUACAACAUACGUCUGAUCAAUCGUUGAGAGAAUUUUACGGGCGUUGAAACUGGAAAUGAAUCAGAGGUGGAGAACAGGAAAAUGUCCCUCUAUCUGUCGUAGAUGUUGGGAGGGAAUUGUGAAUGAGAAAAAUAAACCGAGAAACCUGCUGAAUAAGGCGAAAUAGAGGAAUUACAAUCUCAGAGGUAAAUUUACAAUUAUAUUAUUAUUCGAUUUCACGGAGGGCCGGAUCCUCCGUGUAAUUUUUUUAGGUUCACUUCUUUCUCUCUUUAAAUAAUUAAAUUAUGAUUCUGUUAUCAUCACUUGAAGCUUAGAUUUGAUGGAUCAAUUAAUUAAUCAUAAGAAACUGGUGAAAAAGGCUCAAAUUAUCGAAUCUUAGAGGUAGGGGGAAGUGGGGCAGAAUGGGCACUGGGUUUUUUUUUUAAUUUCAAUGAUUCACUGAAUUUUCAAUGAAAUGGGGUCAUUUUUUUCGCAUAAAAAGUACAAAUUUUAUUUAGAAACAUUGAAAAAAAAUUUCAAUGCCCGUUUUGCCUCACAUCCCUUGUAGAAUUUCAGCUCCCCUGCGUGCCUAAAAUAAAACGAUCAUCAUUUCAAAAAGGCCUCAGUGAUUGAAGGAAUAUUCCCUGCAUUGAUCACUGCUGCAACAAAAUUUUUAUUUAAUGCAAACGAUUAAUUUUAGUCGGAGAUAUUCAAGUAAUUAUUUAAGUGUGAGUUAUUUCUCUUCGGUAACCGCAAUUUUGUGAUAUAUAAAAUAUGUAUACAUAAUAAUAUAUUGUACAGAAAAUGAGAAAAAAAUUAUAUUUGAGGAUACGAGUGGUAUUGUGCGACAAGGGAGGAACAGCCAGAAUUUUAACUAUUAUUUAUGAACGAUGGGUUGACAAUUUAUGAAUAGCAUUUCAAUGGUAUUGAACAACACUAAUUCUAGCGACCCCUUGGUGUUCAAUUGUACUUAUGUGACGUAAAUAAAUGUUUAUAGUAUCAA